CUCGAAUAAUUAUGUUCAAACUGUCAAAAUGAGACUAGUGAUAAUCAUGCUAUGCGCUACGCUAGUAGUCGCUCAUUCAGUAAUUAAUUCAUUAGAACAGAAGUUUGAGGGGCAAGCAAUGGAUGAACUGAGGGAAGACAGAAUCCACAUAAUUUUUCCUGGUACUAAAUGGUGUGGAUCAGGAAAUAUAUCGAAAAGCGAAGAGGAUCUUGGAGUCUUCAAGAAGACUGAUGCAUGUUGCAGGACCCACGAUAACUGUCCUGAUAUUAUGGCAGGCCGUGAGACAAAAUACAACCUGACCAAUCCCAGCUUUUUCACCCGUUUAUCCUGCGAUUGUGACACGAAAUUCUACAACUGUCUGAAAGAGGCUGAUAGCGCAAUAUCCCAAGAAAUUGGCUUCAUUUACUUCAAUCUACUAAGUACACAAUGCUACAAACGUGAAUUUCCGAUAAAACGCUGUCUCAAACACAUUUAUGUUCCGCGAAGGAAAUGCAAGGAAUACGAAUUGGAUGAAAGUAAAGGGAAGGUCUACCAAUUCUUCGACGUACCGAAAUUUUAAAUCACUUCAAUGUGGUGUGUAUUCAUGAAAAUAGAAAAAUAAAAAGUUCUGUAAUAAGAUUAAUUGUUUCAAUCUGACCUUAAAUUAAAACUAAUUACGUACUUUUCGUUAUUUAAUCGUUUUAUAACAAUAUUUACACUCAAUUCGAUAUAAUACAUACUAAAAAUCGGCAUACAAUUCAAUAAAUAUCACUUUAUUAUAGCUGUAUAUUGUUCCUAUAUAUUAAAACAUCUAAAAACAACAAAAUUUACAAAAGCACAAUUCAAUUGUUAACAUGAAUUGAGGAAAUUAAUUUCUAGCCUUCAAGGAGUUAAAAAGUGUGAUUUAUUUAUAAGAACUAGGUUUCAUCUGCCUGUAUCUAUAAUAAUAUAAAAUUUGUUGCAGAA